AUGCAGUACCGCCUGUCCGUCAACCUCGUCGACCAAGAAAACCGCCCCGUCAUUCUCAACUGCGUUGUCCACGACACAGCCUCCUCCUACCUUGAGAUCUACAUGGACGAAGCGAUUGAGCUGGGUCUGGAUAGCGAAUAUCACUACCUCGGCCCAAUGAUCCGACUCGAAACAUCCAAUGGUGCUGUCUUUCGCCUGACCUUCCAAGUCGAGGUGCAGCUAAUGGCCGACGGACAUGAGGUCGCCGAGAAGGUGACGGCGAUGGCUUGUCUGGUGAAUGACAUUAGUCUGGGCCAAUCGCAUGCUUCUGGUCCGUUCAUCCAGAAGACAUUGUUCACUGCUACCCACCCCAAGGGUGAUCUUUUGAUUGGUGCGAACAAGACUGCCAUUGCCAAUUUGUAUCGGGGUCGGUGA